AUGAACUCCACCCCGACGUUCGCUUGUAUAGAACGGCACUCGGAGACGUCCGUCCGCGGCGCCGGCGCGGCGCGACACGCGCCCGCGGACAUGAUGGCGAGCGGCCGCCGCAUCGACCCGACGCCAUCCUAUCGCAUCGGCGGCAUCAGCAUCAGGCACCCGGGCGGCGCGGGCGUCGGGUCGUCGUCCAGCGGGUCGUCCGUGUACGCGGAGCGGCCGUCGCAGAAACUCCCGCCGCCGCGCCGCGCGGGCGCGCUUCCGGACCUCGCGAACGGUCGCCCGUCGAACCACAGCAGACUCCCCGCGAUCAACGGCGCGACGACCCGAGACCGAGACCGAGACCGAGGCGGCGGCGACGCGUCCUCCGGGACGGGCGGGUUCGACAAGUCUAAGUACGCCGUCCAGGCGAUACCGAGCUUCGACGGCGGGCGGCGCCGCGGCGUCGCGCCCGGGUUUUCCUUCGGCGGCGGCGGCGGCGACCGGGAUCCGUUCGGCGCGACGUCGCCGAUGCGCGACGCGACGGAUAAGAUGGCGGGGUUGGGCGUGCAGGGCGUUGGGGGGCGCGCGGGGGGGAGGAGGGUGGGCGGGGGAGGAGGGGGGACGUGGAGGUGA